UUGACACUGUUCAACAUUUUUAGGAAAUAUCAAGUUGGUUCUAGGAAAUGUUCUUUACUUAUGCCAGGCCUCAGUUAUGUGUGUGAUGAUAUAAAGGAGGGCAUGGUUAAGUUACCAUUUUCGAUUGAUGAGAAUAGAUUGAACAACAAGUACGCCUCGGAAGUGUUUUAAAAAUUAGAGUUAAGGUUUGCUCAAUGGAAGGGUACGUGUGGCCUCUAUCUGCAGUAUUCUUCGCUGUGGUUUUCUUAGUUUCUUUCCUCCGUCUAAACAGCAAGUCAACAGAAUAAAUUUAAAAAAAAAAUCACUAUGUAAAUUGAUUCUAAUUUUUCUUUACAAUGUUGUAUGCAAAAUGAAUACAUUUUUGGCAGAGUUUUGUGUGCGAAUGUGUAAGUGUGUGCGUCUUUUUAACUUUAAGUUUCAAGGGAAGUUUUAAAGUUUUUUUGUGCUUUCGAGCGGUUGAUAAUGUACAAUGCCACUUUUUAAAGGUGAUGUACACUUUUUUAUGACGUACAAUUCUCAAAAUAUUUUAAUCAAAAUAUUCACUGUUACCAUUAGUUUCAUACCGCUGGUUAAGUUGACGGUGGUACAGCAGGAGCAGGAGCUCUCAUCGAAGGAAAUAGGAGAUUUAUUGAGGAAUGACUUCAUUAUUCCGGACGUUAUUUACAAUGAUCCAAAACAUAGAAUGAAGGUUUAUUUCGAAGAUAAUGACGAUAUUUAUCACCUCAACUACGGUAAUCUCAUAACUCCACAACAAGCAAGGCGCCAACCAAAUGUUCAAUGGCCAGUGGAGCCAGCGGCGCCAAUGGAAGAGGAAGUAACAUAUACUCUAUUCUGCAUCAGUUCUGAUCAUCCAAGUCGAGAGGAAACGUGGGGUCAUUGGGUUCACUGGCAACAUGUUAACAUCCAAGGCUGCAAUUUAUCAACGGGACAUGAAAUAAACCAAUACACUGGUCCUGAACCAAGCGAAACAUCUGGUGUUCAUCGAUAUGUAUUCCUUGUGUUUGAGGAAAAUCCUCACUUUCCGGUUCGGCUUAAUAAGUCAGAUGAUAGCGAUGAAAUGAGAAUGUUCACAGAGCGGAGGGAUUUCAACACAGACAAUUUUAUCAGGCACUUCAACCUUGGCAUCCCAGCAUGGGCCUCAAAUUUCUUCACUUCUCGGUUUGAACAACUACCAUCGAGCAAACAGUGAUAAUUCUGAUCAGGAAAGUAUAAAAUCGUAAAGAAAGGACCUCCGGUUAAAAAUGACAUGGCUUCAUACGCACACGGAAAAAAUUAAAUUGCUGAUUUAACAAUUCAAUGGCUAAAAAAA